AAAAAGUUGUACAAUACAUCUGAAUCUGGUGAAAAUGUCUCUCUCAAGAGGCGUUUUUCUUCGAGUAUUUUUCGUCUUUUUCCUUUUCAUUUAAUAUAGUUCCCACUCAGUGAACCGAUUUGCCAGUGCUGUCAGUGCAAACGAACGAGAAUUACUUGAUAGUCUUUCCUCUCUUCUUAUAUAUUUUUCUUGAAAUUUUCAACCAUUUCCAACUUAUACGAAAACCCGUGCUUUUCCUCUUCUACUCACUGUGAUGACGUGUUUAUUUUUCUUGUGAUACCCCCAGAUUUUGUGGAAAAGUGAUAGGAAUUUCAAAUCUGCUGUACUUUUAUAUCUCUUCCGCUAAUAAAAUCACGAGAGAGGGAAUUUACCCCACAUUCAAGUUUAAUUCUCACACGUACUUCGCGAAUCCGAAUUAUCGAUAUGUAUAUCAUGUCUUCGACAAAUUAAAUCUCCUGAAACGACAAAAAAGCGAGAGAAAUAGCAAUUUUUCUCAUGUGGUGGUGGGAAAUACCCCAGAGACAGAGACAGUGUGAGGUCAGGGAGAGGGAGAGGAAAGAAUGAUAAUCGCACGAAGCACCUGAAAGCUCCAAUACGCCAGGCUAUUAAUGUUCUCUCCUUCGUCUCGUGCUCCAAAAAGAGAGGAGCUGCUAUGAGUUUGAGUGACAAGGGGAGUCAGUUUGUGACAAUGAUCAAGUGGUUGAAUGACUCCAUCAGCGACAGCAUCAACAUUGACCUCGGCAGUGCUGCGGGAGAAAGUUGUGCUAAAGGAUCUGUCGCGGGGCCAGAGUGCCACUCAUUGAGUGAUUCUCAGAGUCAAUUGCUCAUUAAGCCCUGAUUAUGUGUAAUCCCUGCACAACACCCUCAACAACACCAGCGAGAGUGAAUUUUUUUCCUCCUCAACACCAUCGGAGCUAUUCAAACAGCACAAUGAUACGAUCUUUGUGAUGUUUCCCGGCAUCGGCUAAUUAGAUGGACAAUUAGUAGUGUUUAAAGAUAAGCAGAAAGGAGAGAUGUGGCACGUGCGAGUGUGAUUAAGAGACAGUUGCUAUACAUCCACCUGGAUCAAUCAACUCCGAUCGAUUUUCAUGUGCCAGUGCCUCAAGUGUGAAUAGGAGGAGAGAGCAGCUAGAGUUAUAUGUGAAAUUCCAUCGGGACACGCGCGGAGAGGCCAAAGAGAAGAAAUUGUGGAAGUGAGUGGUAAUGCAAUCACAUGAAAUAGCAUCAACAUCGAUGUCUCAGCAUCAACAGCAGCAGAUGAAUAAUAAUAGCCAGGGUCAACAGAAUGGUGGUGUAACGACAGGUACAGCUGCCCCAAAUUCGCCGGGCUCAGCUGGGCGGCAGCAGCAGAUCAGUGGGGGCCGCUUCGACUUCGAGGAUGGCGGCACAUACUGUGGCGGUUGGGAGGAAGGGAAGGCGCACGGACAUGGCGUCUGCACGGGACCAAAGCAUCAAGGCGCCUAUUCCGGUGCAUGGAACUAUGGAUUUGAAGUCUCCGGCGUCUAUAUUUGGCCAAGUGGAUCCUCGUUUGAGGGUCAAUGGCAGAACGGACGCCGGCAUGGCCUCGGUGUGGAGACGAGGGGCCGCUGGAUCUAUAGGGGCGAGUGGACGGGGGGCGCCAAGGGGCGCUACGGAGUUCGGCAGAGUGUGACGUCCACUGCCCGUUACGAGGGCACGUGGGCAGGAGGAUUCCAAGACGGUUAUGGCUCAGAGACUUAUGCAGAUGGCGGAACAUAUCAAGGACAAUGGUUAUCGGGAAAAAGACAUGGUUAUGGCGUCCGGCAAUCGGCUCCUUUUGGCCUGGCGUCACACUAUCGGCCAAAGACUAUACAAACAUCAAUGACAUCGUUACGUAGCAACGAGGGUGAGAAGAGCACAGAUCCAGCUGAUAAGAGGAAUCAUCGCAUUGACGAUGUUCGCGGUGGGUUUGUUCUCAAGGCGAGAUCCGACGAGGCUCCAGCUAGGAGAAAUAGUUUAGUAGAAAAGACCAAAAAAGGGCUUUUGUCGGGUUUAAAAAUUAGGAAACAAAGAAGUACGGGUGAUUUAGAGAAACGGGGAACAGGUGCCUCAGGAAGCAUAAGAUCGACAGUAUCGACAGCAUCAUGGAUCAGUACUGGCUCAUCUCAAUCCGGAAUGACAACAAAGUCGAUGCAUACGGAUUCCAACGCCAGUUUCACGGUUGAUGAGGAGCAAUUGGAUCCGAGUGUGACGGAAAUGUACAUGGGAGAGUGGAAACACGAUAAGCGUGAUGGGUAUGGAAUAUCAGAACGAAGCGACGGCUUGAGAUAUGAAGGUGAAUGGCACAACAACAAGAAACAUGGAUAUGGCGUGACAACGUUUCGUGAUGGUACAAAAGAGGAGGGAAAGUACAAGUGCAACGUGUUGAUCACGAGUCAGAAGAAGAAACACGUGUUCCUGAUACGAUCUGCCAAAUUUCGUGAGCGGAUUGAAGCGGCUGUGAGCUCGGCUCAGCGGGCGUCCAAAUAUGCCCUCCAGAAGGCGGAUAUUGCUAUAUCGCGGACGGCCACGGCGCGCAGCAAAGCUGAGUUGGCUGACAUUAUUUCCGAUCAGGCGAGAAUGGAUUCCGACUUGGCUGUGGCGACAGCACGAGAAUUCGCUCCGGACUUCAAGCCAACAGUACUAGAGCGAUUUGAGCGGUUACGGACUCGAGAGCGACCGAGGCCACCGACAGAACCGCCAAAACUGGAAAUGCUGUCCAGCCCGAAAUCCAUGUCGCCAGAGGCGACAAAGUCACCUACUUCUAGUGCUAUGGCGCCCGCGCGAGCACCCAGUGUGGCGCCUCAACCUCAAAGCCAGGCGGCAUUUCGUCGACAAUCCUUUCAGCAGCAUCAGCAGCAGUCCUUUGACUACUCGCAGAUGAAUAACGUGUCAAAUGUUCAAUAUUCCCAACCACAUAGCCUCAAUAGUAAUGUAGCGGCGAGCCAGACAGACUACAUGGCCAGUGGUCCGUCCAUGUACCAACAACAGCCGGUGCAGCCGCAACCUAACAAUAGUUAUAUGAACCAAUUUUCCAAUCAUCAACUACCGAACUCGCAGAUGACUUACGCGCCAACGCAGCAGGUUCCAUACAAUUCCACGGUGGUUCAGCAGCAGCAGGUGCAACAGCCACUGCCACAGCAACAGCAGCAAAUGUAUGCUAUGAGCAGCAACAUGAGCACUACGAGUGGCCAGAGUUUUGGGAAGAUGAACUCGAUACCUUACAAUCAGCCGCAGCCUCAGACCAAUCCGUACGGAAUGCCGCCGAAUCAGCAGAACUACUACAUGCCGGAUCAGCAGAUGAUGCAGCAACAGCCACUUCAAGACUACCCGACCCAGGUUCAGGGCGGUGCUGGAGUGCCGUCUCGACGAAGUUCCCAGAUGAUGCCCGAAGGUCAACGACCAAUGUUGGGAUCGCACGCCCAACCAUCAUCGAUCGAUCACUUUGAUCACUACAAGCGACCGCCGAGUCGAGACUCAUCCGUGGACAGGUAUACGAGGGCGGCCAGCCGACUGGGAGGCGGAUUCGGUUCCCGGCAGCCGUCCAUUGACCGCACUCUGCCGCCUGCGCCGACGACCGACACCCCGGAUCGCAACGUGAGGGCCGGAUCAGCAUUCCGUCAAAUGGGUCCGAGCCCGCCAUCCACGUCGGCUGGAAAUGGCACAGUGAUGACUGGAUCUGGGUCUCGUAGUGGCACGCCAGUCUACCAGGCUCCCAUGGCGCAGCCAGUCUACUCCUCGCCCAACCAGCCGUUCGAGGAUGUGCUGCUGCGGCAACGCACUCUAGGCCAAGACAUCGUGCCAUCUCCGGCUCAGCCCAAGCGCACCGAGAGUCUGUUCAUUGGUGCCAAGGCGGCGCCUCCCGCCCCAAGCGGCGGGGGCGGCGGCGGUGGCGGUGGUAAAGGACUAAAGAGUGUUCCCAUUUCCAUACCACUCCAGCGGAAGAAAUCGCUGCCGGAUGUGCAAGAGUUACCAAAGAAAUCGGAAAUGAUGAGUCGGGAGGAGGUGUCAGCAUUAGGUUCCGCUCGCCGAGAAGAGGUUCGGCGCCAAAUUGAAAACUCUGAACGAUUAAGGGCCAAUCCAUUAUUAUAUUUAGUCAGUCCACAAGUGAAGGACUGGUUCUCACGACAACAACUAGUGAUGCUGGUGUUGGUUGUAAACAUAGCUCUAGCAAUUAUGUUCUUUAAGAUGCUCACAUAGCGUCGACUGAAGUCCCGUUUGGUCAGUGCACAAUUUUCCCUUGCGAUGGCCACGGGAUGAGCAACCUGAACUGCGCAUGGAACCCAGGAUGUUGUCAUUCUUCAGCAUUGGCUCGUUUAUUGUGCGGACAAGGCAAUUAUAUCCAUGUUCACUGGAUGAACCAGACCAUUUUCCUGAAAAAAAGAGGAAAUUCCAUGGAUUUGGACAGAGUUUUAGCUUUUGAAAAUUAAACCACGAGACAAUCAACAUUCUGAUGUGAGAAUGUUGGAUUGGAUAGUGAACUGAACGAAAAAAAAAAAUUUGCAGCACAUUUUUGGCAGAGAAAAUUGUGUAUUUUUACCGUGCAAAAUGCGGAAGAAGUACUCUUUGUCAAUUGGAAUGGCUUGUCAAAAGUACAGAGGAGAUUGAAGGUAAAGGAAAAGUCGAAAAUGUAACAUUUAUUCAAAACCUUUUUCUCCAAUUUUGAUGUAAAUUUAUAAAAUAAAAAGUCCUAUAAAUAUACAUGCAUAAUAAAUUUAGCAAAGUGGAAACAGAAUGCAAAGUGAGGAUAGAAGAAACCAAACCACUUUUAAUCUUGCUAUUUGUGAUAUUGUCACAGGAUUUUGUGCAAGAUUCUCCUUUUUGGUAACAUUGAUAGCAGACAAAGAUGAAACGUUCUUUAUUAAAUGAUACAAAAGUGUAAAAAAAACACAAUUUUCACUAUUUAAAAGUAACAAUUAAUAUGAAAAUUGAUAUUAUAAUCUAUUCAAGAAAUUCUUUCUACUGAUUUGAAAGACAAAAGUGAGCAAGGGAGGAAUAUUUUGAUGGUGAUUUUAUAAAAAGGAAUCAAUUGAUACCUUGCGAUUCCGCAUUUGAUCAAUCACCGAGAAACUACUGGACUUUUGAAGUCUAAACUAAGAAAAGUGAGUGAAGAAGGAAGAAAGCAUGAUACAAGUUUUGUAAUAGAACAUUAAUCGCGUAAUCGUAAAUACAGAUGCUUAGCUUCUUAAAGAGCGAUUUUAUGAAAAUUUGCAUAAUUGAAAAUCUCAUAAACAGAAAAUACAUUUUUACGGUAAUUGUGAAACUUUAAAAAGAAGAGAAGAAUAAGAAUUCGAUGAUAAAAGAGAUGAUAUUGUUAAAAGAAAAUUUAUCAAUUAUUCUUGUUUUUUAUUAUAUUAUAUAGAUUUAUAACAUAUAAGAAUGUUGCGAAAUAAUUUAUAUUGUUUUCUUUACACAAUUUCUUUUCAUUUCUAUCUCAUACCUUCUAAUCCUGUAUGCUUCCUUCAAAUACUACGAAUUGUUGAGACUCUUCAUAUUUUUUAUUAAUUGUUUUAUAAUUUAUUGUAUAGAUUUAUUGUUAUCACAGUUUAUAUCCCUCGAUCGCCAGAGAAAACAAUAGGAGAAGGAGCAAAUUAUUUGCAAUGUUUAAUUUUUGUUUCAACUAAAAAUCAAUAAAAAUAACUUGUAGUUUAGAUGCAUUUUUGAGUUUCACACACACACAAACACACACAAACACUUUCUGGCUGAUGAAAUUGCAACACUGUGCAAUAGAAUAAUCGCUAAUGCGCUUUUUUUUAUUGGUGAAUGACUAAAGAAGAAACAAUAUGUAAGUAAAGUAAAAUUUGCAAAGCAUAGAUAAUUUAUUUGAAAUGUGCAAAUUAAAAAGACACUUAAUUAAAAUUCAAACGUUAAACAAAGGGAUAAAUUAGCCAAAAGUGAAGUUCGUUUUAGUUUUCUAAAUAUAUAAAUUACUGUUAAAUAAUUAUGCAUAAAUGAAUAAGGUGAAAAUCAACUAUAUUUGUUAAAAGGAAAAUUAUAAUAAAAAUUAUAUCAACGUUAUCUGCAUAAUCAAUUUUUAGUAAGGAGUAAGCGAGUCGGAAAAAGAUUAAAAAGAAACUUUCUAUUUGAAUAACAUUGGAAUGCAAGAGUUCCAAUUGAUGGUAAUGAAAAAAUUUCCUUUUCUACAAGAGUUUGUAUUAAAACGAAUGUCAAAUUUUAACUCCAAUGUUCAAUUACUGUAUAAAAUUCAGAGAUUAAUAUGUUGCUAAUAAAUGAAUUAUCAUACAAUAAUUUCCUAAUUUCUUUUUGAAAAAUAACACAACAUGAAGCACAAAGUGUACAAUGUAUGCUCUCUUAAGUUCUGAGAAUAAUAACAACUUCUUCGAUUAGCUAUUUUAUUUGAAAAACCAAGGAAAUACGUGACACAGAGCUGAGAAAGUGAACUCUUGCUGAGAAGUAUAUUAGAUAAAAUGCCCUUAGUAUUGAAAAGAUAAAUAAACUUGAUUAGAGUGACUAGGCUUUUUUACACUUUGAAAUGAACAAAAGAAAAUACCAAAAAUAUCACACUUUUAAUAAAUAAUUUACCAAUAAAGAGAAAAACUCGCAUUAUCAACACUUUUGUGUAUAAUGUAUGGAGUGAAAUUGAAGGCAGAUGAAGAUAAGUGACAUCCCAAAGAAAUUCAUAAUUUUAACGUAUUGAUCUUGAGUAUAGAAAUAGAACUUUUUCUAAAGUAAAAUUGUGUAUUUGAACUCUUUUGUCACAAUAGAAAAAAAAGAAGGAAAGGUAAUACAAAGGCAAGUAUGCAAAGUUCUUCAAUGAGAUAGCUAGAUGAAAAGUUAUAUUAAAAUGGCGACAAUUGUGAAAAGAAAGGUUUUUUUUUAGAUUUCUGUUGAAUAUUUAGAUGUAAAAUCUUUUAUUUCUUCUUAAUGUUAAAGUUUUUAUUAUUUGUAAUAAUAAACUAAUUGCUGCAUAUUAUGACAUAUUGUAAUUAAAAUCAAUCGGACAGUUCUUGAAAAUGUGAAUGAGAAUAUGCAAUAUAUGAGAAAAGGCAAAACUGACAAACUUGGAUUUUUUGUAAUUAUGAGAACGAAUUUUCAUCCCACUCAGUAUAAGGAUUUUGAAGUUCUCUGUGUUGUGUGCCAGAGAAACUUCACAUUCCUUAUGCAGAGACGACCCUUUAGAAAGAUAUAAUACUUCUUAUGUUUCUAAUUUACUAUGAGUUUAAUGAAAAUCAUAAUUAAAUAAAUAUAAAUUUACCAGAA